CGACGCCUUCGCUCUCGCCGCUGGGCCAUGGGAGUCUGAGAGCGGCUGGUCCUCGCCUCGCUGCCAACAGCCACCAUGGGCUGCUGCUGCAGCUCGGACUACGACGAGGACUGGAUCGAGAACAUCGACAUUUGUGAGCACUGCAAUUACCCCAUCGAGCCCGACAGCAAGCGGCAGAGGCUGAUCCGCAGCGGCUCCGAGGUGCAAGACCCCUUGGUGUCCUACGAGGCCACGUCUCCGCCGUGCUCCCCCCUGCAAGGUAAAGUCAGGCUGUGGCAGGGGGAGGCUGUGGACACCCCCCCAGUUGGCAGCUCUGACGGGCUGUGCACCCGCCUCGGCAAGCCCUGCCGGACCCAGAAGCCGCAGAAGCCAUGGUGGCAGGAUGAGUGGGAGGUGCCACGGGAGUCGCUGAAGCUGGUGGAGAAGCUGGGAGCGGGGCAGUUUGGAGAAGUCUGGAUGGGUUUCUACAACGGCCACACUAAGGUGGCCAUCAAAAACCUGAAGCAGGGCAGCAUGUCACCCAGCGCCUUCUUGGCAGAGGCCAACCUCAUGAAGAACCUGCAGCACCCGCGGCUGGUGCGGCUCUACGCCGUGGUGACGAAGGAGCCCAUCUACAUCAUCACAGAGUACAUGGAGAAGGGCAGCCUCGUGGACUUCCUCAAGACCUCAGAAGGAGUCAAACUCAGCAUCAACAAACUACUGGACAUGGCUGCGCAGAUCGCCGAGGGCAUGGCCUUCAUCGAGGCCAAGAACUACAUCCACCGCGACCUGCGGGCCGCCAACAUCCUCGUGUCGGACACCCUGUGCUGCAAAAUCGCCGACUUCGGGCUGGCCCGCCUCAUCGAGGACAACGAGUACACAGCUCGUGAGGCUGGGGGGGGACUGCAGGACCCCGAAUACCCGCCCGACCCUGCUUUUGGUGGGGUGACAGCCCUAUCUGGUGGCUACUGCGGGAACAGACAUGCUAGCCCACUGCGGGGGGUCUGUGCGGGGUCCCAGCAGCCGGGGAGGGGCCUCACCUCGCUGUGUCCUUGCAGGAGCGGGGAGUGGUGGAAGGCGCAGUCGCUCACCACCGGCCAGGAGGGUUUGAUCCCCUACAACUUCGUGGCCAUGGGCUAG